ACGUUCACCAUUGACGAUGCUUGGAGAAUGAGUUUCGCCGUCAACUUUCCAAAAUGGAGGACAUUCAGUCGCGCGUGCAGACUUCUGUGAACAAAAUGCUGAAUGCGCUCGACAAGGAGCACCUGCGAAAUAUUCAAGCUCAGAUGUACAAAUGCAGUCUGAAAUGUUGUGAAAAUGACAGUUACGGCAUGGAGGAUGUGCAGAGGUGUUUGGAUAGAUGUUCACAACCGACCCAACAGGCUCAGACAUACGUUCAAGGAGAAUUACAAAAUUAUCAGGAUCGAUUACAGCGGUGUGCUCUGGAAUGCCAAGACAAAAUCCGAGAUAAAGUGACACCAUCAACCACCGAAGCUGACAUGAUGAAAUACCGAGGUGAAAUGGAAGGCUGUGUACGGAAAUGUGCGGACACUUACGUUGAUUUAAUACCUAGUCUUAUGAAAAAGAUGAAAGAGACUUUAAGUCAUCAAAAAUCUAGUUAGGACGAAGUGUUUCUUGUAGAUUUAUAUAAAAAUUGGUGAUGAGCAAAUAUGAGACAUUCAAGACAAGAACAAGGAGGAUUGAUCACGUUUAAACUUUCUCGGAAGAUGUUGAGCACUGUCAUAAAGUAUCAUGAUAAAUUGUAUGUUUUUGACACGAUCAGUUAUCUAGGACUGGUAGUGUUGGAAUUAUCAAUUUCUCUAGUCUUUAGUGCUAAAAUGUUGAUUUGUCUCGUUUUAUCAUUUCAUGGCAGUAUUGUUAUCGUAAACAGAUUUUGAUAGAAGCAACAUGCAUCAAAGAGUGUCAGGAUACAAACUUUCUCAUCUCUAAAAUGGUGAGACAACAAUUUAAUGUCUGUAAUUAUACUCAAACUUCUUUUUUAAAGAUAAAUAAA